AUGAAUAUAUUGCCACUAGGCUUUCACGUUAUCCUAGUAAAGGCUUUACUAGCUCACUCGUACAGGUUGAAGCACGCGCAGCUAAAGGUAAGUGGCGUUCCCAAGACCGUACUGCUGAAGCCGACCAUCAGCACUGACAGGAGUGUGUUCACGGCUGUCACUACCGCUAGCAGUAACGGCGGUAACUCUGGUUACAGUGCUAAGGCUCGCCCAUUUAGGUUACCAAACACACUGUCGGUGGACAGUAAACUCGAUUACAGCUGGCCAGUACUGUGUGUGGACCUGGGAACGCGGAACGUAGGUCUAAGCUUUAACUACGAAGGACAGUUUGAGCUGUUCAAGAGCAUUAAGUUUCUCAGCCACAGGCAACUCACAGCACGGAUACUGGGGUUGGUAAACUAUCUGAAGGAAAGGCACCUCUUGGACAGGCUCGUGGUGGGCAUAGGGUUCCCGUUCCUGCCGCCAAGUGGUAGCGACAGGUCAAACGGGCUGGAAAGUGCAGACCUAAGAAUGCUUUUCCAGAUUAUAUACACGCUCGACUACUCAUACAGCCUCGCGCACUACCUCGACAGAGUAUUCGGUCAAAAAAGCAACACCAGUGAAACGAGUAGGGGUGAUGCAACUUUUAGUAGAAAUAGGCCUUCAAAAGCGCCUGAUCCCAAUAACACUGUCACGACUCAUUGUCUAUUCUGUUCAAUAUUCAGUUCAGCAGGUACUCCCGCCAUCACCAGUGGCACUGGUAUCACCGGCACUGCUGAUAGUGAUGGCCCACACGAGUUCAGUCAGUCCAGAACCGCUACACACCCUCUCUGCAGGAUCACUGGCAGAACUUGCCUUCAAACGGUCGACUUGUCCAGCAUGAACUACGUAGUUGUUGGCGUUUCUGAACACCUCAGCACGUACCAAACCGGUUCGCUUGCCAGCCCUAUUAACACUACUGGCUGUGGUAGUGUUAAUAGGGCUGAGGCAAGCGGAACCAGCUUGGCACACGGCAAAGCUAAGCAGUUUCUCAACAGGGACUCCCUCAGCUCACUAAACAUCUACCACAACCUGCUUGAGAGUGCCAAAUCAGCCGACAGUAAUCGUUCUGAUAGAAAUACAGCGGUUGGCGCUGACAACACACCAGACGACAGAAGUGAGUCCCCUAAAGGUACUGACAACACGGCAGUGGCCUGUGGACCCAGCCCAUUCCUGGUGCUACCAAACAGGUCCAACAUCUUCAGCGCGAAGACGAAGUACAACAACAUUCUACUGUUCCGGCGAAUCAAGGCACAUUUGCUCUCGACCACUUUCAUUGAAUAA